AAAAUAUUUUAAAACGGAGAAUGUCAAAGUUGCUUAGAAUAAAGCCUGAACUCAGAAGUUAGCGUAACAACACAGAGUGUUAAAACCCACACACCAAAACCUUUGGCUGCAUGUGAAAGAGAGAUCCACAUUUUAAUCGAUUUUUUUUUAAAAAAAAAAGAAAGAAAAAAUGUCUCCUUUCCUGAGUCUCUCUCUCUUUCUCGAUGGCGUUUUUCGAUCCUCCGGGUUGUUUCCGGGGCAAGAAAAGACGGGAUACAUGUGGGAGGGAAGCAUGAGGAAAGUGGUAGUGGCGGUGAUGGGGUGCUUGAUAGCAUCAGGUCUGGUAAUGUCGAUGAUGGUCUUCGUAGAGGCAGUGUACAUGACCACUGUCGUAAUCAUCGUCAAGUUGCUGAGGAGAACACCAGAGAAGGUUCACAAAUGGGAAGCCAUGAAAGACGACGUUGAGCUCGCCCACUCCAACUAUCCCAUGGUUCUCAUCCAAAUCCCUAUGUUCAACGAGAAAGAGGUUUGUGAGCUAUCAAUAGGGGCGGCUUGCAGAAUGUCGUGGCCAUGGGAUCGUAUGAUAAUUCAAGUGCUUGAUGAUUCCACCGAUCUCACUUGCAAGCAGGAGCUGGUGAAGGAGGAGUGUGGGAAAUGGGCAAGAAAAGGUGUAAACAUAAAGUCUGAGGUCCGAGACAACAGGAACGGUUACAAAGCAGGGGCUCUGAAAGCAGGCAUGAAACACGUUUACGUCAAGCAUUGCGACUAUGUUGCCAUAUUCGACGCAGAUUUCCAGCCUGAUCCUGACUUCCUGGCCCGUACCAUCCCCUUCCUCCUUCACAAUCCUGACCUCGCUCUCGUUCAAGCCCGCUGGAAGUUUGUCAAUGCGAACGAGUGCUUGAUGACAAGGAUUCAAGAGAUGUCUCUCAACUACCAUUUCAUGGCGGAGCAAGAGUGCGGAUCUUCACUCCAUGCUUUCUUUGGAUUCAAUGGUACUGCAGGUGUAUGGAGAAUUUCGGCGCUGAAGGAGGCUGGUGGAUGGAAGGACCGGACAACUGUGGAGGACAUGGAUUUGGCAGUCAGGGCUUGUCUCCAGGGCUGGAAGUUUGUGUUUGUUGGUGAUAUCCAAGUGAAAAGUGAGUUGCCAAGUUCAUUCGAAACUUACAGGUUUCAGCAGCACCGAUGGUCUUGCGGGCCGGCUAACCUCUUUCGAAAGAUGACAAUGGAAAUAAUGGAGAGCAAGAGGGUGUCGCUGUGGAAGAAGGCGUAUUUGAUCUAUAACUUCUUCAUUGUGAGGAAGAUAGUAGUACACAUGUUCACGUUUGUGUUCUACUGUCUGAUUCUGCCGGCGAGUGUGCUCUUUCCUGAAGUCGAGAUUCCACAAUGGGCAACUAUCUAUGUCCCCACGGCCAUCACCAUCCUUAACGUCAUGGCUACACCCAGGUCGUUCCAUCUUCUGGUGUUCUGGGUCUUAUUCGAGAAUGUGAUGGCAAUGCAUCGCACGAAGGCGGCUUUGAUUGGCCUUGUAGAAGCCGGAAGAGUUGACGAGUGGGUUGUAACAGAGAAAACAGGCCAUAAUACUCUCAAAGCGCAGCUUGUUCCCGCAAAGCCUUGGGAAAGGAGGAGGAGCGGGGGGGUGCACUGGGAGGAGGUGGCCGUGGGGCUAUACAUGCUGGUAUGCGGAUGCUACGACAUGGCGUUCGGGAGGACAUAUCUCUUCGUAUACCUCUUCCUUCAGUCCAUCGCCUUCUUCGUUGCGGGUGUUGGCUUCUUAGGCACUCCCAUUUCUUGCUCUUAAUCAUCCCAUCCACCUGUCUAUGUUUCUCUCCUCCUCUCUUGAAUUAUUAACCAUCUUGUCAUUGUCAUUGUCAUCGUCCGCUUCUUCAACACUCUAGUAAUAUUUUUUUAAGACAAAUCUCUCAUCAUGGUACUACUAAUCACUUGCAUUUAUUUAAUCCACGGAAAAGGCCAUUCGAUAUGGUGAAACCGAAAGCCCAAGACCAAUAUAUAGGCCCAAU